CAUUUUUAACUUCGCUUUUGACCAAUUUAUUGGUAAAGGUUUUAUUACGUCCGAGUGAUAUCCAAACUUCCAAGUAUUUUGUAGAUUCAUUGAGUGAGAGUGGAGGGAUUACAGUAGGUAUGCUAUUGAUAUUACAUAUAAAUGUGUUAUCAUUGCGUUACGAUUUAUGA